AGCUGGUGUGUGGAGCCGGAGUCGGCGGCGGGUGGCGGCGCCUGGAACCUGGAGACCGACCCCCCCCCGCCCCGACUCAACCCGGGCCCGGAAUGUACUGACUCUCCCCCCUCUCUGCUCUCCUCCCCUCUCCGCCCCCCUGCAGGAGGGAGGCGCCCCCGAGUCUCCCCUCCCGCGAGAGGGGCCGCGCGGGCCGGGCCGGGCGGAACAGUGGCGGCGGCGGCCGCGGGAGCCGAGGCUGCAGCGAGGGACCGGCUGAGGCGCGCGGGAGGGAAGGAGUCGAGGGCUCCGCGGCGCUGCCGCUGCCGCCGCCGCUGCCGCCGCUCGCGGGGCAGAGAUGGCGGCGGAGCGGGGAGCCCGGCGACUCCUCAGCACCUCCUCCUUCUGGCUUUGCUGCCUGCUGCUGCUCGGGCGUCCGGCGCCCACCGCGGCCGCCAGGAGCGGCUCCCCGCCGCAGUCCCCAGGAUCCAGCAUUCGAACAUUCACUCCAUUUUAUUUUCUGGUGGAACCAGUGGAUACACUCUCAGUUAGAGGCUCUUCUGUUAUAUUGAACUGUUCAGCAUAUUCUGAACCUUCUCCAAAAAUUGAAUGGAAGAAAGAUGGAACUUUUUUAAACUUAGUAUCAGAUGACCGACGCCAGCUUCUCUCAGAUGGGUCUUUAUUUAUCAGCAAUGUGGUGCAUUCCAAACACAAUAAACCUGAUGAAGGUUAUUAUCAGUGUGUGGCCACUGUUGAGAGUCUUGGAACUAUUGUCAGCAGAACAGCUAAGCUCACAGUAGCAGGUCUUCCAAGAUUUGCCAGCCAACCAGAACCUUCUUCAGUUUAUGCUGGGAACAGUGCAGUUCUGAAUUGUGAAGUUAAUGUAGAUUUGGUCCCAUUUGUGAGGUGGGAACAGAACAGACGGCCUCUUCUUCUGGAUGAUAGGGUUAUCAAACUUCCAAGUGGAACGCUGGUUAUCAGCAACGCUACUGAUGGAGAUGGGGGACUUUAUCGCUGUAUAGUUGAAAGUGGUGGGCCUCCAAAGUAUAGCGAUGAAGCUGAAUUGAAAGUUCUUCCAGAUCCUGAGUUCACUUCAAACUUGGUAUUUUUGAAACAACCUUCUUCCUUAGUCAGAGUCAUUGGUCAGAGUGUGGUGUUACCGUGUGUUGCUUCGGGACUUCCUACUCCAACCAUUAGAUGGAUGAAAAAUGAGGAGGCACUGGACACAGAAAGGUCACCAUCUCAGAGAUGUGAGAUCCAGGCCCACUUUGGGCUCCACACUUGCUCUGAAAAACUGGUGCUGCUGGCAGGUGGUAGUCUGGAGAUCAGUGAUGUUACUGAGGAUGAUGCGGGGACUUAUUUUUGUAUCGCUGAUAAUGGAAAUGAAACAAUUGAAGCUCAAGCAGAGCUUACAGUACAAGCCCAACCCGAAUUCCUGAAACAGCCUACUAAUAUAUAUGCUCAUGAAUCAAUGGAUAUUGUAUUUGAAUGUGAAGUGACUGGGAAACCAACUCCAACUGUGAAGUGGGUGAAGAAUGGGGAUAUGGUUAUCCCAAGUGAUUACUUUAAGAUUGUAAAGGAACAUAAUCUUCAAGUUUUGGGGCUGGUGAAAUCAGAUGAAGGGUUCUAUCAAUGCAUUGCUGAGAAUGAUGUUGGAAAUGCACAAGCUGGAGCCCAACUGAUAAUCCUUGAACAUGAUGUUGCCAUCCCAACAUUACCUCCCACUUCACUGACCAGUGCCACUACUGACCAUCUAGCACCAGCCACAACAGGACCACUGCCUUCAGCUCCUCGGGAUGUCGUGGCCUCCCUGGUCUCUACCCGCUUCAUCAAAUUGACGUGGCGCACACCUGCAUCAGAGCCUCAUGGAGACAACCUUACCUACUCUGUCUUCUACACCAAGGAGGGGAUUGCUAGGGAACGUGUUGAGAACACCAGUCGCCCAGGAGAAAUGCAGGUGACCAUUCAAAACCUGAUGCCGGCGACUGUGUACAUCUUUAGAGUUACGGCUCAAAAUAAGCAUGGCUCCGGAGAGAGUUCAGCUCCGCUCCGAGUAGAAACACAGCCCGAGGUUCAGCUCCCUGGCCCAGCACCUAACAUCCGGGCAUACGCAGCUUCACCGACUUCUAUCACUGUCAGCUGGGAAACACCAUUGUCUGGCAAUGGGGAAAUUCAGAAUUACAAAUUGUACUACAUGGAAAAAGGGACUGAUAAAGAACAGGAUGUUGACGUUUCAAGUCACUCCCAUACCAUUAAUGGGUUGAAAAAAUACACGGAGUAUAGUUUCCGAGUGGUGGCUUACAACAGACAUGGUCCGGGAGUGUCCACAGAGGAUGUGGCUGUUCGGACGCUGUCAGAUGUUCCCAGUGCUGCUCCUCAGAAUCUGUCCUUAGAAGUAAGAAAUUCAAAGAGUAUUGUGAUUCACUGGCAACCCCCUCCUCCAGCCACACAGAAUGGCCAGAUUACUGGCUACAAGAUUCGCUACCGGAAGGCCUCCCGAAAGAGUGAUGUCACCGAGACCUUGGUACCUGGGACACAGUCAUCUCAACUGAUUGAAGGUCUUGAUCGGGGGACUGAGUAUAAUUUCCGAGUGGCUGCUUUAACAGUCAACGGUACCGGCCCAGCUACUGACUGGCUGUCUGCUGAAACUUUUGAAAGUGACUUAGAUGAAACUCGUGUUCCUGAAGUGCCUAGUUCUCUUCACGUCCGGCCGCUGGUCACUAGUAUUGUAGUAAGCUGGACUCCUCCAGAGAAUCAGAACAUUGUGGUCAGAGGUUACGCCAUCGGCUAUGGCAUUGGCAGCCCUCAUGCCCAGACCAUCAAAGUGGACUAUAAACAGCGCUACUACACCAUCGAAAAUCUGGAUCCCAGCUCUCACUACGUGAUAACCCUGAAAGCCUUUAACAAUGUGGGUGAGGGCAUCCCCCUGUACGAGAGUGCUGUGACCAGACCUCACACAGACACUUCUGAAGUUGAUUUAUUUGUUAUUAAUGCUCCAUACACUCCAGUGCCAGAUCCCACUCCCAUGAUGCCCCCUGUGGGAGUUCAGGCUUCCAUUCUGAGUCAUGACACCAUAAGGAUCACAUGGGCGGACAAUUCACUGCCCAAACACCAGAAGAUCACAGAUUCCCGGUACUACACAGUCCGAUGGAAAACCAACAUCCCAGCGAACACCAAGUACAAGAAUGCAAAUGCAACCACUUUAAGUUACUUGGUGACUGGUUUAAAAGCAAAUACACUGUAUGAAUUCUCUGUGAUGGUGACCAAAGGUCGAAGAUCAAGCACAUGGAGUAUGACAGCCCAUGGGACCACCUUUGAGUAUGUUCCUACUUCUCCACCCAAGGAUGUGACAGUUGUGAGUAAAGAGGGAAAACCCAGGACCAUAAUUGUAAAUUGGCAACCUCCCUCAGAAGCCAAUGGCAAAAUUACAGGUUACAUCAUAUAUUAUAGUACGGAUGUGAAUGCAGAGUUACAUGACUGGGUUAUUGAGCCUGUUGUGGGAAACAGGCUGACUCACCAGAUACAAGAGUUAACACUUGACACACCAUAUUACUUCAAAAUCCAAGCUCGAAACUCAAAGGGCAUGGGGCCCAUGUCUGAAGCUGUCCAGUUCAGAACACCUAAAGCCUCAGGGUCUGCAGGAAAAGGAAGCCGGCUGCCAGACCUAGGAUCCGACUACAAACCUCCAAUGAGCGGUAGUAACAGCCCGCAUGGAAGCCCCACCUCUCCCUUGGACAGCAGCAUGCUGCUGGUCAUCAUUGUUUCUGUCGGCGUUGUCACCAUUGUGGUGGUGGUGGUCAUUGCUGUCUUUUGCACCAGGCGCACCACCUCUCACCAGAAAAAGAAACGAGCUGCUUGCAAAUCAGUGAACGGCUCCCACAAGUACAAAGGGAACUCCAAAGAUGUCAAACCCCCGGACCUCUGGAUCCAUCAUGAGAGACUGGAGCUGAAACCCAUCGAUAAGUCUCCAGACCCAAACCCCAUCAUGACUGAUACUCCAAUUCCUCGUAACUCUCAAGAUAUCACACCAGUUGACAAUUCCAUGGACAGCAACAUCCAUCAAAGGCGGAAUUCUUACAGAGGGCAUGAAUCAGAGGACAGCAUGUCUACACUGGCUGGAAGGCGGGGAAUGAGACCAAAAAUGAUGAUGCCCUUUGACUCCCAGCCACCCCAGCCUGUGAUUAGUGCCCAUCCCAUCCAUCCCCUCGAUAACCCUCACCAUCAUUUCCACUCCAGCAGCCUCGCUUCUCCAGCUCGCAGUCAUCUCUACCACCCGGGCAGCCCGUGGCCCGUUGGCACAUCCCUGUCCCUUUCAGACAGGGCCAAUUCCACAGAGUCCGUUCGAAAUACCCCCAGCACUGACACCAUGCCAGCCUCCUCGUCUCAAACAUGCUGUACUGAUCACCAGGACCCUGAAGGUGCUACCAGUUCCUCUUACUUGGCAAGCUCCCAAGAGGAAGAUUCAGGCCAGAGUCUUCCUACAGCCCACGUGCGCCCUUCCCACCCAUUGAAGAGCUUUGCUGUGCCGGCAAUCCCACCCCCAGGCCCUCCCACCUAUGAUCCCGCGCUGCCAAGCACACCGUUACUAUCCCAGCAAGCUCUGAACCAUCACAUUCACUCGGUGAAGACGGCCUCCAUUGGGACUUUAGGAAGGAGCCGGCCUCCGAUGCCAGUGGUGGUGCCCAGUGCCCCUGACGUGCAGGAGACCACAAGGAUGCUGGAGGACUCCGAGAGUAGCCAUGAGCCAGAUGAGCUGACCAAAGAGAUGGCGCACCUGGAAGGGCUCAUGAAGGACCUGCACGCCAUCACGACAGCCUGAGACCCCGCCCACCUGCACACCUGGGCCGAGAAGUCGUGGUUCAGAGCCUGGAAAGCAAGGAUUGUACAGAGCACGUGAGGCCAGCACUUAAGAACACAGAGCGAGCGGGCAGACCAGCCAGCACCCCUGCGUGGGGCCGGCUCCAGGCACGGCCACCUGCCUUCUCCUGGUCGGCCUGGAAGAAGCCCGAGUCAAGGCGGCUUCCCUUUGCCUGCUGAUACCCUGCAGGACUGGGCACCAUGGGCCAAAAUUUUGUGUCCGGGGAAGAGGCAAGAAGCGCACGUACGCUUCAUUGUGUGGCCAGGCCAGGCCGUGUCUCCGCGCUGCGGCCGCGUCGCCUUCAUGCAGUGUAGACAUUGGCAUUCACGUACAGUUUUAUUUGUGUCCUAUUUUAUUUUACCUUCGAAAGAAAAACACUAUCAAGAACCAAGGGAGUCCAUGGUGUUCUCCACAAGUGGUUGACAUUUGACUGCUUGUGAAUUACUAUGGAAAGUCAUUGACAAUGUGGGUUGUUCCAGGGGUUGGCUUGUUUUUUGUUCUUCUUUUUGAAUUCCGAGUCAUUGCAUCCUCUACCAGCUGUUAAUCCAUCACUUUGAGGGAGGGAGGAAAUGUUGCAUUGCUGUUUGUAAGCUUUUUUAUUUUUUAUUAUAAUUAUUAAAGGCCUGACUUUUCUCCUCUCAUCACUGUGAGAUCACAGAUCUAUUUGAAUGAAAUGUAACAUUGAAAAGACUUGUUUGUUGCUUUCUGUGCAGUUUCAAAGUAUUGGGGUGGGGGUGGGCCGGGGGGUUGGGAAUAGGAAGUGGAGGGACUGCUGAGGUCUGUGAAUGUUUCAGUCGUCGUGCUUUCUUCCAGAAGCCUGCAGAGAACGGAAGCAUCUUCUUUUUCGUCCUGUCCUGGCAUGUCCAUCUCUAUUGUCACUAAGUUGCAACUGGACUUUUGUUUGGAUCUUGUUAAAAAAUUCUUCUGUGCAAUAGGUGAGUUCGAGGACUUAGCUGCCCUGAUGAGUGAGUCACAUCCUGGUGAGAAUGUCCAUGCUGAGGAGCCAGUGCCACACUUCCGAUCUCUAGAGUGACACAGAGCAGGCCGAGAGGCCCAGCCGUUCCCGGAAAGUCAGGGGACAAGACGGAGUCCUUUCCUGCUGUCACCAUGUGUUUCCUGGGGGUCGCGGGAGGUAAAGAAAGGCACUUGGAUUCCUCACAGGACUCCUUGCUUCUCUCUAGUUCCUGUCCUUGGCCGGUCCGGAUCUCGCUGCCAUGUUUCAGAGCCCCUUAGGGAAAGCACUCACAAGGACGAGGCCGGCAGGGGCUGCAGCACCCCCAAGGCUCUCCACUCCUUUCUGAACAUUGUUCUGGAGGUAGCAGGGGACAGGGACAGCAGAGGUGACCACCGCCUCUUCCAUCCCAGCAGCUCAGCGAAGCCCCUGAUCAGCACAGGGUAGCAGGAAGCUCUUGGGACAUGCUGGGAGGCCCUUUGCCUUUGCAAACAGCCCUUAUGUUCUUUGUCUUAAAAAGGUAAGGAGCUGGGUGGGUUGUUUUUUUUAAUACUGAGAAUAUUAACAAAAUCCAGGACUGACCGUCAGGCAUCUUCCCCUACUCCCCCCAACUCCCCAGAAGGCAGUGUGGAAGGCGCAUCAGGUUUUGUUUCUGUAGCCAGGAAGAGGUCAGCUGCUGAGACCACGGGCGGGUACCCAGCCCACCAGCCCCAGGGGCCCCGGGCUCUGCCCUGGCCCCACAGACGCUCCACUUGCCUUUGUACAGUCGCUAUUUCUCCUUUUGAGGUCUUCACACAUAUUGGUUUUGUAGAUGAACUCUGUAUUUAUUAUUUUGGGGGGCAAUGAGAAGUGCAAUGCCGGGAGUCCCGCCGCCGUGCCAGCCGGUCACACAGGACUGUGCCAGGUGGGAUUCUGGAAAACCAGUGCACUUAAACUGGUCCUGAGGAGAGCACUCUGGACACCAGGAGGGCUAGAUUCCCCAGAAGCUGUCUUACCUUUUGCCCAAAGAAACGUGCUCGGUAUUCGGGGCGUUCCCUCCCGCGAACCCUGACACUCGUGUUACCUCAGGGCCUCGGCACCUGGAUACUGCCGCAGAACGGGGGCGGGGGGAGGGGCCUAUUUUUAAAUAAAAUAACUGUUCAAAGUUGGGGGAUUUUUUUAAAAUUAAGAAAAAGGAAAGCUAUUCUGUAUUGCACCUUUUCACAGUUUAAUACAUUUUCUUACAUAUUCCUGUGAUUUUUGAAAUUAAACCAUUGUGUGUCUUGUAAUGUCCUAGUUGCGCUGCUGCUCAGCAGCUUCCUUCAGGAGGAUUUGGAACAAACGUGUCUGUUGCCUUGUUGCCUGCUGGAGGGGGGCCUGGAGGGCUGCUGGGGCCUGGUUUCUGUACACACUUGUUUGGCCUUUUCUGUAGUUGAUGCUGUAAACUCUAUGGCUUUUUAAAAAACAAUUUCAUGUUUUUAUUUAGUAUUGGAAAUCCAAUACACUUUUUUAAUCCAAUCAAAC